GGCGAGGAGGGGGAAGCCAAAGGCCCUUUCGCCUCUCCUGCCCCCACUUCCACCUAAGUGCACCCCUCCCCCAGCUAAAGGAAUAGUCACCCCGCUCCAGCACGGAACCCCCUGACCCCAAGGUGCGAGGUGCGGCCUCGCUGCAUAUCCCCGGAGCAGUGGGCAGCACAAUGAUCCCCCUGCCCUUCUGAUCCAUGCACAGGGCGACCCACGCCCCGCAGCGGCCCUCCAGGCUUCCCUGCAACACCCGGUAAUGCAAUCCACGGGGGCGGGGGAGGCGGCGGCAGCGGUAGCUACGGCAGCGGCGGCAGCAACACCAGCACUGUCCCAAUCUAGCGACAACCAGAAAGAGGAAAAUGGCUCCGAGCAGGGACCGCCUGCUGCACUUUGGGUUCAAGGCGACAAUGUUCUCAAAUAGUGAUGAAGCUGUAAUCAAUAAAAAGCUUCCCAAAGAACUCCUAUUACGGAUAUUUUCUUUUCUGGAUGUUGUUACCUUGUGUCGCUGCGCUCAGGUCUCCAGGGCCUGGAAUGUUCUGGCUCUGGAUGGCAGUAACUGGCAGCGAAUUGACCUGUUCGAUUUCCAGAGGGAUAUUGAGGGCCGAGUAGUGGAGAAUAUUUCAAAAAGAUGUGGGGGCUUUUUACGAAAGUUAAGUCUUCGUGGGUGUCUUGGGGUAGGAGACAAUGCAUUAAGGACGUUUGCACAAAACUGUAGGAACAUUGAAGUACUAAAUUUAAAUGGGUGUACAAAGACUACAGACGCUACAUGUACUAGCCUUAGCAAGUUCUGUUCCAAACUCAGGCACCUUGACUUGGCUUCCUGUACAUCAAUAACAAACAUGUCUCUAAAAGCUCUGAGUGAGGGAUGUCCACUGUUGGAGCAAUUGAACAUUUCCUGGUGUGAUCAAGUAACCAAGGAUGGCAUCCAAGCACUAGUGAGAGGCUGUGGGGGUCUCAAAGCCUUAUUCUUAAAAGGCUGCACACAGCUAGAAGAUGAAGCUCUCAAGUACAUAGGUGCACACUGUCCUGAGCUGGUGACUUUGAACUUGCAGACCUGCUUGCAAAUCACAGAUGAAGGUCUCAUUACUAUAUGUAGAGGGUGCCAUAAGUUACAGUCCCUCUGUGCCUCCGGCUGCUCCAACAUCACGGAUGCCAUCCUGAAUGCUCUGGGUCAGAACUGCCCACGGCUUAGAAUAUUAGAAGUGGCAAGGUGUUCUCAAUUAACAGAUGUAGGCUUUACCACUCUGGCCAGGAAUUGCCAUGAGCUUGAAAAGAUGGACCUGGAAGAGUGUGUUCAAAUAACAGAUAGCACCUUAAUCCAACUUUCUAUACACUGUCCUCGACUUCAAGUAUUGAGUCUGUCUCACUGUGAGCUGAUCACAGACGAUGGAAUUCGUCACCUGGGGAAUGGGGCCUGUGCUCAUGACCAGCUGGAGGUGAUUGAACUGGACAACUGCCCACUAAUCACAGACGCAUCCCUGGAGCACUUGAAGAGCUGUCACAGCCUUGAGCGGAUAGAACUCUAUGACUGCCAGCAAAUCUCACGGGCUGGAAUCAAGAGACUCAGGACCCAUUUACCCAAUAUUAAAGUCCACGCCUACUUCGCACCUGUCACUCCACCCCCAUCAGUCGGGGGCAGCAGACAGCGCUUCUGCAGAUGCUGCAUCAUCCUAUGACAGUGGAGGUGGCAGCCGUGGCGAACUGAGUAUUUAAUGACACUUCUAGAGUUACCGCGGAGUCUCCAGUGGAAGCGACCCAGUGUUCUGGGCAAGGGUUACAACGUGAGGCAGUGUCCAGAUUCCCAGAGCCACACGUACAUAUACAUACCCAUCCGCUCUAGCUCUGUGACGGGGGUCUGAAGACUGUGCUGGCUUUAUCAAGUGGAUUGAUAAAACUUAGCCAUUCCUGUUGGACGUUCCCAGAAGAAAACCAUAGGCCAGGUAGGGGGAAGGGGUUGUUCCAGCAAACCCAGUGUUACUGCUACUACGGUUUCUUUAUUUUAUUAAGGGGUUUAUUUGGUGAUAUUGGAACAGCAACUGCAGUCCUCCAGGGUCAAGGAAAGCAUAGAGAAAAACAAUAUACGUUGUAUCCAGGGACCAGAAAGAAAAUUUCUUUGCAUCCUAUAAAUGGUAGCCAUCCAUUGUGAGAUGACUACACAGCUUCUGUGCUUCCUCGUUCCCAUGCCAACAUGCAGAGCAUGCUCACAAAGAAGGCUCCUCCAUUCCGCCUCCUGUUUAGUAUUUGGCCCAGUGGUUUCCUAUAUGGUCACAUUGAAAUUACUGUGGUCCAAAUGUGAUUACUUAUUCACUCAAAUUGUCACUGUCUGUAGCACACUUGUGCACCUGUUGUCCUUUGUUGCUCCCUCCUGCAUUCUUGCCCAGUCUGUCACCUGUUCAUAGUCUGCUUACUCACACUCAAUUGUUACUCUCUUGCUGUUGUGUUUACAGUUGGCAUUUUGGAUGAUUAGUUCGGGUUACCAAACAUUUUUAAAAGAGACAUUAUCAAUAAAUAUUUUUUUAAUUCUAAAUUUUACCAUUAGGGGCCCCUGCCUGAAUCUUUGCCAGUCUGAAGGGAAACAGUUAUAAAAGCAAGAAAAGUUAUGAGAAGAAAUUAAGCUAAAACUAUUUUGAUAAUAGUAAACUUUGCUUUUUGGUUUCUGUUAUAUCUUGUGAUAUGUGAAAAUAUGCAUGAUAUGCCCAAUACUCCAUUUUUCCUUCCAUCAGGCUCUGCUAAUUUAAUGAGGUGAACAAAACACAUUAAUUAGUAAAGAGUGGGAUGCCAAAUCCCAAAACUGAGCCUGGACACCCCCCCACCCACACUCAGGCACGUUGUAUGUUCACUGAAAUCUAGGUGUGAUCAGUGACAUCUCCGAUUUGUGUCUUUGGGGUUGUUUUAUUUUAGCAGAAAUGCUACUAGAGGCACUGUGCCAUCUAGCCAAUCAGUGUCUCUCCCCCACCCCUAUUUCAGCCUGCCAGGGACCCUGUGAAAGCUGGUCAACUGUAUGAGAGUGUUGAUGGUAUCAUUUAAUAUCGGAGCCUCAAAGGACUGGGACCUGUCAGCCAUAUCUCCUGUUCUCCAGACUUCCCAUGAAUGAAACACAAGAGUAGCCAGGUCAAGGAACUGGGGCAGCAGAAAGAGAACAUUGAGAGGAAGAAGAAGUAGGGGUCUCAGUGCCUCUGCCCAGCCUGGUCAUCAGAGUUGAGGGCUGGGAGGGUAUUCAGUGCCCAUGACUCAAAGAUGCUUCCCCCCCCACACACACACACACACAAAAUCCUGCAGAGUGAGUUAAAUGAGUUUCUGAAGUACUAGAAGUAGGUUUAAACC